GCGAUUCAAUUAUUCUGGGAUUACACAGCUCCCCGUAGUUGUACUUGCGGAAGAGGAGUAGGAAGAUGGCGGCUGAGUCGAACGAAUCCAAAAUUGAAGUAGGCUUGGCCCACGCUUCCGAAGAUGAGUGCUCUGGCCCAGCAGUAAUGGACAGCCCCCGGAGGAGCCGCAGCAAGAGCCUGUCAGACGAUGGAGAGAGUGAUGAUGGAGCCGAAACCAGGGAGAGGGGCCGACGGAGGGCAGAGAGGUACCCCAGUCCUGAUGUAAAGCCUCGUGGGAGCCCUGGAGAGACGUCCCCCAGGGGUGGCAGUCCUGGAGCCGGGGGCAAACAAGGUUCCCCCCGGGAUGACGAAGGCUCCGACGCCAGCAAGAGUGGCUCUGACAGUGACUCGGAUAGCGACGACGACGACAGUGAUGAAGCAACGGUGCGGAGGAUGAGGAGCGCCGUGGCACAUGUCCGGAGGGGUUCAGAUGACGAGAGUAAGAAGCAACGGAGAAGUUCCUCUCCAGAGAACAAGAACUCAGACCCGAGACGUCCCCGUUCCAGAUCCAGAUCUCGCUCACGCUCUCCUCGAGGCCGAUAUGUACACAGGGAUCGAGACCGGGACCGUUACUAUGACCGUGAGCGUUACGAGCGGCGGUCCAGCAGGGAGCGCGAGCGGCGCUCAAGCCGCGACCGAGAGCCGGAGUACAGGAGGAGAGGCCGGUCGCCCUCCCCCGCUCAAAAUGACAAGGCGAACGAAGAGGAGCCCCCAGUGAAGAAGAAGAAAGAGGAGCUGGACCCCAUCCUGACCCGAACAGGAGGGGCAUACAUUCCCCCAGCCAAGCUGCGCAUGAUGCAGGCUCAGAUUACCGACAAGAGCAGCCUGGCGUACCAGAGGAUGAGCUGGGAGGCUCUGAAGAAGUCUAUCAACGGUCUUAUCAACAAAGUCAACGUGUCCAACAUUGGCAACAUUAUUCAGGAGCUGCUGCAGGAGAACAUUGUGAGGGGAAGGGGUCUCUUGACGCGGUCCGUUCUCCAGGCUCAGAGCGCCUCCCCCAUCUUCACUCACGUGUAUGGUGCUGUGGUGUCCAUCAUCAACUCUAAGUUCCCCCAGAUUGGAGAGCUCAUUCUGAAAAGGCUCGUCCUGAACUUCAGGAAAGGUUAUCGGAGAAAUGAUAAGACACAAUGUAUGACAUCUUCAAAGUUUGUGGCACAUCUGAUCAAUCAGAAUGUGGCCCAUGAAGUGCUGUGUCUGGAAAUGUUGACCCUACUGCUAGAGCGCCCCACUGACGACAGCGUGGAGGUGGCCAUCGGGUUCCUCAAGGAGUGCGGCCUCAAACUCACUGAGGUCUCCCCCAGAGGCAUUAACGCCAUAUUUGAGCGCCUGAGAAACAUCCUCCACGAGUCGGAAAUCGACAAGCGCGUGCAGUACAUGAUUGAGGUGAUGUUCGCUAUUCGCAAAGACGGCUUCAAGGACCAUCCCGUCAUCCCGGAUGGGCUGGACCUGGUGGAGGAGGAAGACCAGUUCACACACAUGCUCCCCCUGGAGGACGACUACAACCCCGAGGACCUCCUGAAUGUCUUCAAGAUGGAUCCUGACUUCUUGGAGAAUGAAGAGAAGUAUAAAACGAUUAAGCGGGAGAUUCUGGAUGAAGGCAGCAGUGACUCUGGGGACGAGGCCGAUGGAAGCGACGAUGACGAUGAUGAUGACGACGAAGAGGAGGCGGAAGCUGGCACGGAGGGGGAGAAAGUGACUAUUUUCGACGAGACAGAAGUGAAUCUGGUCUCCUUUCGCCGCACCAUCUAUCUGGCCAUCCAGUCAAGCUUGGACUUUGAAGAGUGUGCCCACAAGUUGAUAAAGAUGGACUUCCCAGAUAGCCAAACGAAAGAGCUGUGCAACAUGAUCCUGGACUGCUGUGCGCAGCAGAGGACCUAUGAGAAGUUCUUUGGGCUCCUUGCCGGGCGGUUCUGCUUGCUGAAGAAGGACUACAUGGAAAGCUUUGAGGCCAUCUUCCAGGAACAGUAUGAAACCAUCCAUCGCCUUGAGACCAACAAGCUGCGUAACGUGGCCAGGAUGUUCGCGCAUCUUCUGUACACAGACUCCGUCCCAUGGAGCGUUAUGGAGUGCAUCAAGAUGAGCGAGGACACCACCACGUCAUCCAGCCGUAUCUUUGUCAAGAUUUUGUUUCAAGAGCUGUGCGCCUACAUGGGCCUGCCGAGGCUUAACGAGCGGCUGAAGGAUGCGACCUUGCAGCCAUUCUUUGAGGGCCUUUUUCCUCGUGACAACCCCAGGAACACGCGCUUCGCCAUCAAUUUCUUCACCUCUAUCGGUCUGGGAGGGCUUACAGACGAACUCCGAGAGCACCUGAAGAACGCCCCCAAGAUAAUCAUGACCCAGCAACAGGAGGUGGAGUCGUCAGACUCCGACUCCUCAUCCUCCUCAGACUCCUCGUCGGACAGUGACAGCAGCGACAGUGACUCUAGCGACUCCAGCGACUCCUCAUCCAGCAGCAGCAGCAGUAGUAGCAGCUCAGAUUCCGACUCCAGAAAGAAGAAGAAAAAGAAGGGCCAGACUAGGAAGAAGGACAAGGACAAGAAGAAAAAGAAGAAGAAGGGCUCCAGCAAGCCCGCCAGCCGUCGCCAGCGUUCGGAGGAGGAGGAGGAGAGACCAGGCAAGCGGCAGGAGAAGGAGAGACCAGGCAAGCGGCAGGAGAAGCAAAAGGAGAAGCAACAGGAGAAACGGCAGGAGAAGCAACAGGAGAAGCAAAAGGAGAAGCGUGGGAGCAGCAGCGACGGCGCUGCUGACAGUCGCAGACGCUCACCGUCACCCGACGAGCACCGCAAGGCCCUGCGUCACAGGGGCCGCCGCGAGGAGGAGGAGUCUUCGCCGCCACCACCACCGCCGCAGCCGCCCACACGCCACCGUGACCGAGAAGACCAUGAGCGUGGUGGGCACAAGGACCACCACGCCCAGAGGGGUGGCAGAGAGCACGAGGACAGGCAGGCGCAGGUGCCCCGCCGGCAAAAGGAUGGCAUGAAGAACGGUUCCCAGACGACUGACUGGGAGCGGGACCACGACAGAGACCAAGAGAGGCGGCGGAGCAGGGAGAGGGAACCCGUGCGGCGGGGCAGCCGCGAGAGGUCGAAGUCGCGGGACCGGGGCGGCGAGCGCGGCCGCAGGGAGACAGCCAUGCCCAAAGACGCCGACAGGAACGGCCUGGAGAGGUCGUACAAAGACAACAGGUACGGGGACCGCCAGCGCGACUCGAGGAGGAAAGAGGAGCGGAGCAGGGAGGAUUCGCCUAGAAGACGGAGAUAGUCCCCAGAGGCGUGGAGGACAAAGGGGCGAUGAGAUGUCUCCUUCGAGCAGCACCAGCUCUGGGCUAUUUCUCCCUCCCGCUCUGUCAUUGGGCAUCUCAGAAGUCUUUUUUUUUUUUUUUUUGAACAGGCCUUUAUGUUGCGAUCUUUGGAAGUCUUGUGAAAAACUCCUCAAAGACAUGCCCUGUUGAGAUGAUGGUGACAGCCUUGUCCAGGACAGUGGUGUGGUACAGGUUCUGUCAGUAACCCGUGCCAGAAAUUCCCAAGAUGAGGAGAUGGCUUUGCAGAGGCAUGUCGAAUGUUUAUAUUGGGAAUUGUUUUUUGUAUUUUCCCCACCUAUUUUUGCUGAUAAAAUAGAACAUGGUAAAUCACUCAAAUGUGUGGGAAACACUGGCAAGUGAUCUCAGUAGGUGGUUUUUAAAUGUCUUUGGGAAUUCCAGAGGAGUUAUUGAUAUACUAUGACAAACAGUUGGGCCAUUAAAAUCUCUACAUUAUCAUUUGGUUCUUUUUUCUUUAUUCAUCAUUGAUGUACUGGUAUUGACAAGUUUUGCUGAAGAAAUUUGAAAUGGCAUUUUUUUAAUCAGUGAAGAGCCUGUUAAAAUCAAUGUGUUUGUAAUGUCUUGUCCUUGGACUUAAUAAAGAUGGUCUAUCCUUUUUA